AACCUACUUCGUAAACAUCUACGCGACUUUAGAUAACGGCGAUAAGAAAUAUUAAGGAAUAGAGAACGGAGAUAGCGACAUUUGUUUGGGAUUCAAGAGAUUCCCGCGACAUUAAUGAGCUUCUAAAGUGUGAGAUGGAUAGUUAUGAUAGUGCGAAGGUAACAGAUUCGAUUGAGAUGACUUCCCAAUUUUCUCAGCUCUUUUGGGAAAACUUGUCCGUUACUGUGCCUGCCGAAGAUGACGAUUGUUUGAGAGAACGAUGGUGCAAGUUUUUGCGCAAAAAACCUGUGAAAACGUUGAACAUACUGAAAGGGGUAUCCGGAUAUGCAGAGACUGGUAACAUGUUCGCUAUAUUGGGACCGAGCGGUGCCGGCAAAACCACGUUUCUUGCCACUUUGGCGAGAAGACUCGAAUUAACUUCGGGCGCAAUAAAGAUCGACGGGCACGACGUUUCUCGAGAAACGAUGACAGCAAUAUCGAGCUACAUAUCGCAAUUUGAUGUUCUACCUUCCACGCUCACUCCCAGGGAACACAUGUCGUUCAUGUGCGCUUUGAAAAUAGGAAGUAGUUACAGCGUGCUACAAAGAAAAUCCUUAGGGGAGGAAUUUUUGCGGGAUCUUGGAUUAUACAAGUGCAUCGACGUCGCUAUAUCCAAGCUAUCCGGCGGCGAAAGGAAGCGCUUGUCGCUAGCCGUGGAAUUAGUUACGAGGCCGAAGAUUUUUUUUUUAGACGAGCCUACCACGGGUCUGGACACUUUCGCCGCAAUGCACGUCGUGCAAUCGUUGAAAUUAAUCGCUUCGAAAGGCACCAUAGUCUUCUGCACAAUUCAUCAACCAGGUAUGACGAUAUACAACAUAUUCAGCCACGUGAUACUGAUGGCCGAUGGUAGAUCGGUAUAUUUUGGGACGCUGAGAAACGCCACGAAUUUUUUUGACAGCCAGAAUCAUCACUGUCCCGUAAACUACGACGAGUCCGAAUAUUACGUAAACAUUCUGUCACGCCGGAAUCGAGCGGAUCGCAAUAUCGAGCUGUGCCGUGCGUUCUCACGAUCGCCGCUAUCAACGAUCCCUGUGGUUGAAAAUAUCCCGGUUUUCCACGCCAGCCCUCGAAAAAUGUCAGGAUGGUUCGUGCAGUUUUACUGGUUGCUCUGGAGAACAUUCCUGCAGGAUAAGAGAACGGCCUUCGACAAUUGGGUCACGUGGUUCUCUUGCGCGCUGUCCAUCGUCUUCGUAAAUAUUUUUUACGCUGGCACCAACUCGUCGACGCAGGAAGGCAUACAGAACGCUCGGGGGGUGUUGUACCUGACGAUCUCCGAGGUAAUUUUUACGAUCGCCUACUCCGUCGUUUACGAGCUGCCCGGCGAGCUGGUUCUCUAUGUGCGCGAAAAUACCGUGUACACGCCCGGGCCUUAUUACCUCGCCACCGUUCUCGCCCUGAUACCCAAGGCGACAUUCAAGGCGCUCUUGUUCACGAUCGCGCUAUACCUGGCGCUGCAUUCCGAAUUCUCGUUGCUCAGCUUCUGCUCCUAUUGCCUCUGCACGACGGCGGCGGCGAUUUGCGGUAUCGCGUACGGCAUGACGAUCUCCAGCUGGAUUGCCGACAUCGAUAUCGUGAUUACGAUAAUGAUACCGCUCGACAUGUUGUUCCUAUUGAUGGCGGGGACGUUUUACAAUCUGCGGACCUUGCCGAGCUAUCUGGCGUAUUUCAAAUAUUCCUCCAUGUUUUACUACGCCACCGAAGCUAUAUCGAUAGUACACUGGUCGGAGAUAGAGAACAUUGAUUGUCCAGCCAGUCGCGGCCUGCCUUGUCUAUCGAACGGAACAGAGGUUUUAUCAGAGUACGGAUAUAACGAAAAUAACUUCUGGUGGGACAUGAUCGGACUGCUGCUUCUAACGAUUCUGAUGAACAUCACCGCGUAUCUCGGCACGAGAAGAAGAAGAGCGUCAAGGCCAAUCGCUUAUUAGUCGACGAGACGCAAUCACGAUGCAUUUUCCUAAUGUUAUUAAUUAUGUAAAAGCUCAUUGAUUUCUUCAGAUUACAUGGUUUGAUAACGUAAAAAUUCAAUUACUGUGAUCUAUUUUUCAUUAUCGCAGAAAUUAUAAAUAUAAUUUUGGAGCAAAAAUACAAUCUUAUUAUCUUAUUGCACUGACAAGACGAGACUACAACGAUGGUAAUUAUUAGGUAUUAGAUUCAAACUGUGUGUGUAAGUGUAUCACACAGUUAAUAAGAAACUCAAUUACCCCAACUCUUUCGAAUACAUAAAUAAAAGGUUAAAAAAUUGUUAGAAUAAACGUAAAUACAAGUAUACCCCACCGUAAAUUCACGCCGUUAUUUCUCGUCUUUUUCGAGAAGCUAAAACUUCCUUUCUCGCGUAAACGUUAAGUCAA